UGACGCAAAAGCGUAAGCGACGGAGACGCCCCCGUGCAACUACCGCCUCUGCCUCUGGGAGUUGAAGUUUCCGAAGAAGAACGCACACGCGGUAACGAGACUACUCCAGGAAGGCUUCCUGGGGCUUCGCUCGCAUCCCCAUCAGCUCCUUGGCUCGUUUUUCAGAGGCAUCAAAUAAUGUCCUCAGAAAUGCUACCUGCAUUUAUUGAGACGUCUAAUGUGGAAAGCAAGCAAGAUGUAAGUGAAAGUCAAGAGGAAAGACAGAAGCCAAGUUCUAAUGAAGUGACUGAGCCAGUGUCCAAACGGCAAAUGAAGAAGUUAAUGAAACAGAAGCAGUGGGAGGAGCAGCGGGAACUCCGCAAACAGAAGCGGAAAGAAAAACGUAAGAGGAAGAAAUUAGAGCGCCAGAGUCAGCUGGACUCCAGCGCAAACGGAAGUGAGCGGAAACGUGUGCGAAGAGACAUUGCACAGAGCAAUCUCCGCCUUAUCAUUGACUGUAGCUUUGAUGAUUUGAUGGUAUUAAAGGACAUUAAGAAACUUCAUAAACAGAUUCAACGCUGCUAUGCAGAAAACAGGCGAGCACUUCAUCCUGUGCAGUUUUACUUGACCAGCCAUGGAGGCCAGCUGAAAAAGAACAUGGAUGAGAACGAUAGAGGCUGGGUCAACUGGAAGGAUAUCCACAUCAAACCAGAGCACUACAGUGAGCUCAUAAAAAAAGAAGACCUGGUUUAUCUUACAUCAGAUUCACCCAAUAUUCUGAAGGAGUUAGACGAAUCAAAGGCCUAUGUGAUUGGAGGCUUAGUGGAUCACAACCAUCACAAGGGAUUCACAUACAGACAAGCAUCACAUUAUGGGAUUGACCAUGCACAGCUCCCCCUUGGACAUUUUGUGAAGAUGAACAGUCGGAAGGUAUUGGCAGUCAAUCAUGUAUUUGAAAUUAUUCUGGAAUACCUGGAAACAAGAGACUGGCAAGAAGCCUUCUUUACCAUCUUACCUCAACGAAAAGGAGCUGUUCCCACAGACCAAGCCUGUGAACAUUCUUCCCAUGGCAAGCAGUCUCCCAGGCCUGAAGAUGGAGCCAAGUGUGACUCCAAUGAAGGGGUCAAUAGCAGACAUGAGCCCAUCUCAGUGCACACCGAAGCAAAGCAGGACCAGGAGAGCAGCGCGGAGUUUUGAUAUACCAGGUUCCCUCCCAACCUAGGGAAAGGCUAGCAAGUAAAAUACUCAAGAUUGGAAGAAAGCUUUGUUUUCUCUCAUUUUCUUUGCUAAGGUGAGAAGAAUAAAAUUCAUGGUAAAUGGUAACAAAAGAAAUGUUUGCUUUUGCAUAAGAACAUUUGAAGGUGAUUUUUAAAAUUGAAUUGUAAGCUUCCAGUAAGAGUCUGAGAGUUUAUUUUAUUGUUAUACCCUCAUCUCUUUCAUUUGCUGGAAUUAUUCUUCAAGAUGUGCCUUCUGACUUUAUGGUUAUUUUAUUGUUUUAUGUUCAUGUUGUCUUUCUGAUGUGUGUCACCUGUGUAUUGGUGAAGGCAGACAUCUGUGUUGUCAGACCACUAGCAUGUUGAAUAUGAGAGGUCAGCUGCCUUGUAUUUUCAGCAUUUCUAUUUGAGUUACUUCAAAGAUACAUAGUAGUUCUAGAAAAAAUAACAGUUCCUUAAAGUCUUUUGUUUACUUAAUUGGACUAUGGUGCCCAUCCCUGUUCCUCUUUGUGAUGCAUAUUCAUGGAUCUGCCGCAAUCAUGAAAGCAUGGAAAACCUUUACUCCAUUUUCCUCAUUCCUGUAAUAGUAAUUCAUGGCCAGGCACCCUUGGCUCACACCUAUAAUCCUAGCUAUUCAGGAGGCUGAGAUCUAAGAAUUGCGGUUUGAGGCCAGCCAGUGUGAGAAA